CCAUAACCUUCUUCCGACUGUACUCUCCCGCUACGCCCCCUCCUCCAGUACUCCUCUCUUCUCACCGCCACCGACCACUGCCACUGCCACCACCGUCGUCGAUGCCUUGCUGCUUCUUCUCCUCCUCCUUCCCAGCGUUCUUGUCCUAAAAAAGGCAUUCCGACAUUAGAAGAAAUUGAACUACAGUCGCGUUUCUUAGACGGUCUUGAAUUCUGCGUGUAAAUCAACUGCUUAGCUUUUGUGUGGUAUAGUAGUGUGUAAUACUAGUUCUUUAGCUCAACAUGAAGCAAAUUUGCAGAAUCCUGUGAUGCUGGUGCCUUCUUACUCUGAUGAAUUAAUGGCCGAUCAUUCUUUAAUUGUAUCUGAGGCUGAUCAUUCUUUAAUUGUAUCUGAUGCUGAACUUAGUCUGGUAGAUCACACCCUGGUUAUUGGACAAGAAUUUCCUGAUGUUGAAACUUGCCGGAGAAUGUUGAAAGAUAUUGCUAUAGCUAUGCAUUUUGAUAUUCGAAUCGUUAAAUCUGAUCGUAGUCGGUUUAUAGCCAAAUGCUCCAAGGAAGGUUGCCCUUGGCGCGUGCAUGUAGCAAAAUGCCCGGGAGUUCCAACCUUUACAGUUAGAACCCUACAUGGCGAGCAUACUUGUGAAGGUGUUCGUAAUCUUCAUCAUCAGCAAGCCUCUGUGGGAUGGGUUGCCAGAUCUGUGGCAGCACAAGUACGAGAUAAUCCACAGUAUAAACCUAAGGAAAUUCUCCGGGAUAUCCGCGAUCAGCACGGAGUUGCUGUAUCCUACAUGCAAGCUUGGCGUGGGAAAGAACGUAGCAUGGCUGCACUUCAUGGAACUUUUGAAGAUGGGUAUCGCCUUCUUCCUGCUUAUUGUGAACAAAUAAGGAAAACAAACCCUGGAAGUUUUGCUUCAGUUUUUGCAACUGGACAAGAAAAUUGCUUCCAGCGACUGUUUGUUUCAUAUCGUGCUUCGAUAUAUGGGUUUAUAAAUGCCUGUAGACCGCUUCUUGAACUUGACAAAGUACAUCUUAAAGGAAAAUACUUAGGAGCCGUACUGUGUGCUGCGGUUGUUGAUGCAGAUGAUUCGUUGUUCCCAUUAGCUAUUGCAGUUGUUGAUGUGGAGAGUGAUGAAAAUUGGAUGUGGUUCAUAUCCGAAUUGCGAAAGCUUCUUGGGGUAAAUACUGAUAGUAUGCCUAGAUUGACAAUACUAUCCGAAAGACAAAGAGGAAUGGUUGAGGCGGUCGAAACACAUUUUCCGAGUGCCUUUCAUGGAUUCUGUCUACGUUAUGUAAGUGAAAAUUUUCGCGAUACGUUUAAAAACACGAAGUUGGUCAAUAUUUUUUGGAAUGCUGUUUAUGCUCUCACUGCAGCUGAAUUCGACAGCAAAAUUGCUGAGAUGGUGGAGAUCUCACAAGAAGUAAUAACAUGGUUUCAACACUUCCCUCCCCAACUGUGGGCUGUAGCAUAUUUUGAAGGUGUGCGGUAUGGCCAUUUUACAUUAGGGGUUACAGAGUUGUUGUAUAAUUGGGCACUCGAGUGUCACGAGCUCCCCAUCGUGCAGAUGAUGGAACAUAUUCGUAACGAAAUGGCAUCUUGGUUUAACGAGCGGCGUGAAAUAGGAAUGAGAUGGACCUCCAUUCUCGUACCCUCUGCCGAGAAGCGGAUCGCCGAAGCAAUUGCAGAUGCUCGUUGUUAUCAAGUACUUCGUGCAAAUGAAGUUGAAUUUGAAAUCGUCUCAACUGAGCGGACAAAUAUCGUGGAGAUACAUAGUCGUGUGUGCUCCUGUCGUUGUUGGCAAUUGUAUGGUCUGCCUUGUGCUCAUGCUGCAGCUGCUCUAAUGUCAUGUGGGCAGAAUGCUCAUCUAUUUGCUGAGCCAUGUUUCACCGUCGCUAGUUACCGUGAAACGUAUUCGAAAAUGAUAUACCCGAUCCUCGACAAGAGCCUGUGGAAGGAAUCGGACGAAGGAGAAGGAGGUGCGAAGGCUGAUAUCACAAUACGCCCUCCCAAAAUUCGUCGCCCACCGGGAAGGCCGAAAAAGAAAGUUCCGAGAGUUGAAAACUUGAAGCGCCCAAAGAGGAUUGUACAGUGUGGUCGUUGCCAUUUGUUGGGACACUCUCAAAAGAAAUGCACAAUGCCAAUGGGACAUUAAGGAGAUUGUCGAAUAUAUUAUCUUCCAUUAGAAAUGCAAUAGAAUUAGUGUAAUGUGCAAUAUCAAUUCUCUUGUAACCUAUAGUUGCAAAAUAAUAUACUAAGUUAUUUUUUGCCUAA